AUGGCGACAACAUCCACAUCAACACCGUCAACAAAAUAUAACCUCCGCAAUCCCCUCCCCCUCUCCGCAACCCAAGAACAAGAAGUCAAGAAGAUCUUUCACAAACGGGUACGAGCGCAUUGCGCGGAGGAAAUUAAAGCAUUCGCUCAAUGCGCGGUCAAUCGCACAAUAACUGCUACAUGGGUGUGUCGGAAUCAGCGACUGACUAUGAAUUCGUGUAUGCUUGCGCAUGCGAAGCCGGAGGAGGAGGACCGGGCGAGAGAGGAGUGGUUUGCGACGCAUGAGGAACGGCGGAGGGAGAAGGAGGAGGAGCUUAAGAAGGUGGAGCAGAGGAGGGAGGAGAUUAUUCGUAUGAUGAGGGCGGAUGAGGCCAAGUCGAAGGGAAGCUGA